GCCUCAGACGGUGAUAUUUCUGACGCCGAAUUGCGCCGCCAACUUAAGGCUUUAGGUGAAGAGCCAGGGCCUGUUACACCCUCUACCAAGGGCUUGCUACUUCGUAAAUUAAAAAGGUUACAGAAUGAACGAGGAAGCAACGCGACGCCUCCGAAAAAGUCCUCUCCCAAACGAUCGACUAUCGCCCGUCGGUCGAUACCCACAACGAGAAAUCAAAGUCCAUCGCGUAAGUUGAUCGGCUUUUCUAGUGACGAGGAAGACGCAGGACCAAUUCAUUCAAGUAGUUUAGUUGAUGAUAGCAGGGCUAGGCGUGGAGAAGAAACGUCGUUUAGUAACGUUUCCCAGAGACGCAGCUGGUCGAGGUCGAUUACUCCAUCAAGGAGGAGCAAUUUGAAGUCGCGCGUAACGACCGUCAUCGAUCAGGGUAGCAUUGCCGUGAACACGUUAGAUUCCACGGAUGGUAUUGAUGGAGAAUUUUCAGAUUCCGAUGCGCAAAGCUAUCAAAGACCAGGAGGUCGAGUUUUUGGUUCAAUUGACUAUUCCCGUCCACCCGUCUCGACAAAACGCGGAAGAUCUCAAGACGAAAGUGAAGGAUUAGAAACUACGCUUUCAUCCACUAAUGGCAGCAACAAACAUUUCUCUACUGCCGAAUCUAAACUAAGCUCUUCACUUCAAGAGAGACAUACUGGAGCCAAACGUGCGAAGAAUAGCUCCUCUUGGUCAUCAAUUGCUAAGAUCUUACUCGCAUUAAGUGCUAUUUGUAUUCCUCUUUUGUUGUAUGCGACCUUCAAGGGCCACUCAAGCGAACAAAUGAUCUUUGCAGACUUAGGUGAGAAUAUCGUCGUAAUAUCGCCUUUUCGGUUUUGUUUUAUCAUCUGAUCAGCCAAUCGUAUCUUGUGCAUUCAAGUAUUUUAGCUAGUUAUCUACCACUCGUUAGAGAUAAAUGUAUUUCAUUUCGAAGUGUACACACUUCUUAAUCUUUGAAAAAAUGAUGCUCUAAUUUUAGACCUUUUGCUGUAUUGUGGUUUUUAUUUAUUAAUUAGUUUAGUCACUGAUUUUUGUGAUAAGACUUGCUGACUUCAUUUCUUUUCCUUUGUAAAACUCACAGUUUGCCAAGGGAAAAAUCCACUGGAUAAAUUUGGGAAUAAACCCAAGGUAACAAUGAUUAUAUGAUAUACAAAAUGAUAAUUGCUCGUGAGUUUGACCUCUUAUUGACUUGUUAAUCAAUAAAGCAUAAUGUAUUUGUCACUGCAGCUAUUUUUACCUCAAUGUUACCUACAUUUGAAUGUUAACAACAUAAUUUCUCAGUGGAAUUCAAACUUAAUUGAAGUGUUCAACUGCACAUUUAGUUAUUAAUUAAUAGUCUCCAUUAUUUUAGGUAGGUCCCCAAGGGUGCACAUAAUUAAAUGAUUAUUUUGUUUGGGAAGUUUUAAUGACUGGUGUGAUGUGUUAAAUAUCUUGUCUGGCUUUUGAGGUAAAAGAAAAAAAAAUCACCAUUUCAAACAGACUCUGUGUCCAGUGUUUGUGAUAAAUGACAACAUCUCUUUUUGGUUGAUGAAAAAGCUCAUAUUUACCUUCCUUUUUAACCUUUUAACUCUGAAGAUCUGAUAAAUAUUUCUCCCAGCUAGCCGCUACAUUUCCUUGUAAAUUAGUGAUGAGAAUUUGGUGUAAGGUGAAGAAAACAACUAUCACUUGAUAAAUUUGAAUGUUCUCGUAACCUGUUUACUGGAUAGUGUAAUGAAUGUUGUGGAGAGAAGUUACAUGUUAAUCACUUUUGAGAGUUAAAGGUAAAUCUGGUUAUACUCUUAGUUUAUGUUUUUAAUUUUCAUUAUUCACUCCUAUUUGAUGUAAUUGCUUUAUAGCAUCCUGAUUGUAUAACAUUAGCCAAUAUCAGAAAGGGAUAUGUAGACUUUCUGUACAAAAGACUUAUUAUCAAAGCAGGUGAGAGAACUUAAGAUAUUUUAGAGAUGAGUGAUAGGUAAGCUGUAGUUGCUGCUAGCAAGCUGGGCUCUGUGUUAGAGGUUUUAGGGUUCAAGUUGUGCUCAGGGUGACUAUGUUUUGUUUUUAGGUUAAUUACUUAAGGCUCUAGGUUCUCUUUUUACCCAAGAGUACGAAUGGGUUCUAAAAUCUUGUAAGGGAAACUUAAAGGAAGUUCUGGAGAUUGCCUAUAUCAGAGAAGAAUAAAAUUUUAUAUGCUAUAUGCUAUAUGCUAUCUAACACAUAAUUCCUUAUCCAGUGGAGACAUGUUAAAAAAAAGGUUCUGGGGUAUCCACUUGAUAGAAUUUCUGGCAGUAAAUAGCAUUAUCCACCCUUGGAAUAACCAUGGCAAGGAGAGUAUAGUACAGUAUUUCAGUGCUCCAGGGAGUAUAUUCCAGUAUUCUGGUGUUCCAGGGAGUACGCUCCAGUAAAGCCUUCCAUGCAACUAGAAAAACUGUUGAUUUUAUUUCAGGAAAGUCAAUUGUAGGAGAGUUUUAAAUAGUAUUUUAUUUUUCCUUUUAGGUUUAUUUGAAUGUGGAGAUCCAAGCGUGAAGAGUAGAAAUAUCUCUUUGGGAGAGUUACAAAAACAAAUAAAACAGGAUAAUGUAAGU